AUGGCUCAAGAUCUUUUACAGCAAAAGAAAGUGACAUCAGUAACUUUAGUCAGAGAUUGUUUUUCCCAAAUAUCGAAACAUAAUGCUCGUUUAAAUGCAUUCAUCAAAGUGCAAAAUGAAAAUGUGGCAUUAGAAAAGGCUAGAGAAGCUGAUGAAAGGGUUAAUAAAGGAGUUAUUAAAGGAGCUUUAGAUGGAAUACCUAUUACAUAUAAAGAUAAUUUUUGUACUAAAGAAUUAUCAACUACAUGCGAUUUUAUGUCGCCUUUUAAUGCGACUGUUGUAGAUUUGCUUCAGGAUGCUGGUGCAAUAAUGAUUGGUAAAACGAAUAUGGAUGAGUUUGGAAUGGGUUCAGCAAACAUGUACAGUGCAUUUGGGCCGGCUUAUAAUCCUCAUACAAUUAUUUCAGACCAAAAAGAACCUAUUGAUCAAGAACCACGAGUUGCUGGUGGAAGUUCUGGUGGUAGUGCUGCCUCUGUUGCAUCUGGAAUGUGUUUCGCUUCACUUGGAUCUGACACAGGUGGUUCUGUACGCCUGCCUGCUUCAUAUUGUGGCGUUAUCGGUUUUAAACCUUCAUAUGGUCAGUGCUCACGAUGGGGACUAACUGCAUAUGCUAGCUCACUUGAUACUGUCGGUAUAAUAACGCGAAAUGUCCUUGAUGCACAACUGAUAUAUGAUAUAAUAUCAAAAUAUGAUGAGAAAGAUUCAUCAUCACUUUCACCAAAACUGCGCUCAAUAAACGCCUCCCUGGCUUCUUUUGACAAAACUAACACCAACGUUACUGAUUUGAGUAAAUUACGCGUUGGCAUACCACAAGAAUAUUAUGUGUUUGAGCUAAGUGAUCCAAUAAAAAAUUUAUGGAAACGAGGAAUCUCUCUUCUUCGUUCUUAUGGAGCAACAAUUGUGUCAGUAUCAUGUCCUAGUACAAGAUAUGCAUUACCUGCUUAUUACAUUUUAGCUCCAGCAGAGGCUUCAUCCAAUUUAGCACGAUAUGAUGGAGUUCGAUACGGUCAUCGAAGUGAUAUGGAUUCUAAUCAAGAAGAGGAAUUGCUUUACGUGCAUACACGAAGCGAGGGGUUUGGUGAAGAAGUCAAACGUCGUAUUUUGUUAGGGACUUAUACAUUAACUGCAGGAUCUUAUAAUGAUUAUUUCAUUUACGCUCAAAGAAUUCGGAAAAUGGUUCAAUCGGAUUUUGAUUCUGUUUUUCGAAGACCAAAUCCUCUUCAUCUCGUAAAAGAUGAGACCUCGCCUUUUUAUAAUCGCAAUAAUGAUGAAAUUUUCGAAAUAUCAAAUCAAUUGAGAAAAGAAAAUAAUGGUGUGGAUGUGAUAAUGACACCGGUUGCAAUUUCAACAUCUCCAAAAGCUAAAGAUUCACUUUCAUCAUCUUUCUUAUCGAAUUCGUCAUCGUGCUUUAGUACUGAUAAUACAAGUAUAGAUGAUAAUAGGUUUGUGAAUGCUUAUGUAAAUGAUGUUUUUACUAUACCUGCAAAUUUAGCUGGAAUUCCAGCGAUAAGUGUACCUUUUGGCAUUUCACCAAUAGACGGAUUUCCUAUUGGGUUGCAGUUGAUGACACAAUACGGAGAUGAACACACACUGUUCUAUAUUUCAAAAGUUUUGGAAAAUAAUUUCUUUAAGCAAUAA